UCUACGGCUUGCCUUUGCUCUGAGCUUAUGUACUAGGACAUCGUUGUUUUAGCAUCCUAAGCCUGAUGCUGACGCCGCCUGUUCCUCGUACUGCUCGAUAGACGUACAGUUUGGCACAUCUCUUUCGAGCCCAUUACUGCAAUUCUUUUCCCUACAUAAGCCCCCGUCACUGAAGUCUUACGAAUUCUGAAGCCCCCCGUUUGGCACAUCUCCCUUGAGGUCUUACGAAUUCUGCUUCCUGCUCGCGUAUCGUUGGACUCCAGGCCAUUUCCUGGAGUCUUAGCCGGCGCUGUCGACAAUGACCGCGAUUAUGGCUAGCCUGGUAGCUUCUUUGCCUCAGAGAUACGCCACGAGCAAUCUAACGAGUGAAUGUGAUGCAGAAUCGCCGCUGAAACCCGCGGCCACCAUUUUCGUCCCUCCACGUCAACACUUCCCUGGCGUCCAAUCCGAGCGAAGUAUCCCCCUGAGGAUACGGAGUCUUGCAGCAACAUUAGGCGAACGACCGGAAAGGCGGAGCCGCGGAUUCAGGAGGCGAAUCGUGAGAGUUAAUGCGGAGGAUGGGCCCUCUGCUGGUGGCGGCUCGGAGGCCGAGAGUGAAGCCGCUGGUUCGGCGAAACCCGCCAAAUCCAGUGACGCUCCUGAGGGGGCAAGGGGAGACAGAGAGAGAGAAGGAGACUCGGCAACGAGUAAGGAGAAGGAGAAGGAAAAGGAGCAGAAGGAGAAGGAGAAAAUUGAACAGAAGGAGAGGGAGAAGGAGCGGCGGAGGCAGCAGGCGCUGCAGGCGGUGAGGCGGGCCGGGAAAGUGCCAAGCAGCGCAAGUGGGAGUGGCAACGAUAGUGCCGGCGGCGGCGGCGGUGAGAGGGGGAAGGAGGGCGAGGGCGCGGGGAAGGCGCUGCUGAUGGGGCUGGCGGAGGCCAUAGAGGACGCGUUCGGCGUGAGCGAUGAUGGGAAAGGGGCUGUGGAAAAGCUGGAUAUCGCCAAGCUCCGCACGUGCUUCUCCUACACCGACUUCUGGCCCACGGACUCGCGCCCCUACGGCACGGGCGCACUCUUCACAGGCAACCUGCGGGCUGCUGACGUGGCGGACGUGCGGGAGAGGCUGCAGGUGAAGCUGGGGGAAGCUGCUGGGUGCGCCGUGGAGGUUUUUCUUCUUGAAGGACGAGCAGCGGGAGAAGGAGGUGUGCAUAGUGCAGCCAGCAGCGUCUAUCAACCGCCGCCUCGCCCUAUCUCAGCUCAACGGCUUGUCCCGCUGGCCACUCGUUCUCAUCUCCCUCGUCGGCUGUCUCGCCACCACGGCCACCGUGUCUGGGGUGAACCUGGACCCCUUCGGAGCCGGGGAGCCAUCCCAUCAGGCCCUACCUCUGGCGUUGGGUCUUGCUGUCAUCAUUGGAGUGGGCGAGAUAUUGCAACGCAUCAUGGCAGGCCGCUACGGGGUGAAGCUAUCCCCUCCCUACCUCCUGCCCGGGCCCCUGGGCUGCCAUGGCACGGCCACAAGAUUCGAGUCUCUCAUUCCCUCCUCCCAGGCGCUGUUUGACAUGUGUGCGGCCAAGGCGGUGGGGUCGUUCGUGACGUCGUUCGUUCUGGCGUGUGUGGCGCUGGCUGCUGACGGCGGCAUCGAUGGGGGCACUGACCCCAUGUACAUCGAGCCCUCCUUCUUCUCUCCCAAUCUCCUCCUCUCCUUCAUCCAAUACGUCAUCGGCCCGUACUCUGACGACCUGGGCAACGUCAUGCCCAACGCAGUCGAGGGCUUAGGGGUGCCGGUCAACCCUUUGGCGUUCGCAGGGCUGUUGGGAUUCGUGAUUACUGCGCUAAACCUGCUACCUGCCGGGCAACUAGACGGGGGCCACAUGGUGCAGGCCCUAUUCGGCAGGCGCAAGGCCAAGAUCACCACCCUCAUUACAGUAGCCCUCCUGGCACUUGGAGGGUUCUCCGGCAGCGUGCUGUGCCUCUUCUGGGCCUUUAUCAUCCUCGCCUUCCGCAACAGUGAGGAACUCCCAUCGCUCGACGAGGUCUCGCCACUUGGCAGAUGGCGGUUCGUGCUCGCGUGGGUGCUGCUGAACGGUAGCUUGCUGCUGCUGCUACCGAAGAGUGGGGGCACGUUCCCCUCCUUCCUACCCACGGAUUUCUAGCUGUAUAGUCUCCUUUUACCUGCCAGUAGGUUCUGUGACCUGUCUGUGUUCUUGGGGUGCUCCUGUUGCUGCUGCCUGCCAAGAGCGGUGGAACAUCCCCUCCCCAGUACAUCUCAGUCCAUUAUCAGGCGGUAGUCUUCUUCACCCUUACAUGUGUGCUGCCAAGCUGAUUGCAAAACUUUGAGCUCAAUAAGAGAUCAGGACUACUGGAAGUGGGGUUAGACAUAUUGACAUU